CAUGAUUUACCGGUUGCCUGUUACCUCUGGUCUCCAGGAACUGCUGCCGCAGUUAGCACGGCCAAACCAGCGCUACUAGAUCAUCUCGCCGCCGCCAUUAAACCAGUCCAUUAAGAGUCAGAAAAUCAAUGGUUUGAUCCAUUAAAAGACGCUCCUUGUACUUGGAACCCCACAUCUCUCCUUCGUUAAACAAUCAGAUCAGGUUAUUCUGCUUCAUUAUUCCCACUUGAAAGUCCACUACAAUACGCUUCAACUUGGUUUCCUCAUCCAAUGGCUGUUUGAAUCAACUGCUUGACCAGUGAUACCCGCAAGUUUUUUGGUUGCUUGAAAGAAGGCCCAUCAACCAUGAAACACAAUUCGUAUUGAAACUUGUCUCUGCUCAACUUGUCGCUCCAAAUUCAAUGGACGCUCUGAAGAUGGAAACUUUAGUGGUUUCACCCCAUUUUCUUCCGUCGCGUAGACAUUUAUCUCCAAAGGUUUCAGUUGUCUCCAUUUGCAGCAGAAGAUCAACAGGUUCCCUUAGCUUCCCCGUCUCCCACUCUCGCACCCAGUUCCGUCAGCUUACUUUGAACUGUUCGGCUUUCUCUUAUUCUUCGUUAGCUGAGGAGGAUGCGAAGUUUGCAGAAGCUUCCAAGAACGGAAACUUAAUUCCGCUAUACCGCUGCAUUUUCUCAGACCACCUGACUCCGGUGCUUGCUUACCGAUGCCUAGUUAAAGAAGAUGAUCGAGAAGCUCCAAGUUUUUUGUUUGAAUCAGUAAAGCAGGGUUUCCGAGCAACUAAUGUGGGACGCUAUAGUGUAAUCGGAGCUCAGCCAACAAUGGAAGUUGUGGCAAAGGAUAAUUUUGUUACAAUUAUGGACCAUGAGGAAGGGAGUAGAACUGAGGAAUAUGUUGAUGAUCCGAUGGUAAUUCCUCGGAGAAUUAUGAAGAAUUGGAAGCCUCAACGCAUUGAUGAACUUCCAGAUGUAUUUUGUGGUGGUUGGGUUGGUUACUUCUCAUAUGAUACUGUAAGGUAUGUUGAGAAGAAAAAACUUCCUUUUUCAAGUGCUCCUGAGGAUGACAGAAACCUAGCAGAUGUUCAUCUAGGCCUCUAUGAUGAUGUCAUAGUUUUUGAUCAUGUAGAGAAGAGAGCUUAUGUGAUUCACUGGGUUCGGCUGGAUCAGUAUUCUUCAAUUGAUGAGGCUUAUGCUGAUGGAAAGAACCGCUUGGAAGUUUUAGUGUCUAAAGUGCACAAUAUUGUUCCCCCAAGGCUAUCAGCAGGGUCUGUAAAAUUAUAUACUCGGCACUUUGGUUCUUCAUUGAAAAAAUCAAACAUGACACGUGAAGCAUACAAGAAUGCAGUAAUGAAGGCUAAAGAACAUAUCCUAGCAGGCGAUAUAUUUCAGAUUGUUUUAAGUCAACGGUUUGAACGCCGAACAUUUGCAGACCCAUUUGAAAUAUACAGAGCAUUGAGAAUUGUGAAUCCAAGUCCAUAUAUGACUUAUUUACAGGCUAGAGGAUGCAUUCUGGUCGCUUCAAGCCCUGAAAUUCUCACCCGUGUGAAGAAGGGAAAGAUUAUUAACAGACCACUUGCUGGGACUAUUAGAAGAGGAAAAACAGACAAGGAGGAUGACAUGUUAGAAAAGCAGCUUCUGAAUGAUGAAAAGCAAUGUGCAGAGCACAUUAUGUUAGUUGAUUUAGGACGAAAUGAUGUUGGAAAGGUCUCCAAAUCUGGCUCUGUGAAGGUAGAGAAGCUUAUGAAUAUAGAAAGAUACUCUCAUGUAAUGCAUAUCAGCUCUACGGUUACAGGCGAACUACUCAAUGAUCUUACUUGUUGGGAUGCUUUGCGUGCUGCAUUGCCUGUUGGAACAGUUAGUGGUGCACCAAAGGUUAAAGCAAUGGAGUUGAUUGAUAAACUAGAGGUCACAAGGCGGGGGCCAUAUAGUGGCGGGUUUGGGUGCAUUUCUUUUUAUGGUGAUAUGGACAUAGCCUUGGCACUUAGAACCAUGGUUUUCCCCACUGGGACUCGUUAUGACACCAUAUACUCAUAUAAGGAUGUCAACAAACGACGAGAAUGGGUGGCUCACCUUCAAGCUGGAGCAGGAAUUGUGGCUGACAGUGACCCAGGUGAUGAGCAAAGGGAAUGCGAGAACAAAGCUGCUGCUCUUGCCCGUGCAAUUGAUCUUGCAGAGUCAACAUUCAUUGAGAAAUAAUGAGUUGCACCAUAUUUUUAUAUGCAUGUGGAGUUGCUUUCUUAUGUUACCUGAGUUCAACUGCGGGUACGUAUCAUUUCUCUUGGAGUUGGAAUCUGUCUCACCCUACAAGUUUGGGAUAUGGGAACUUGUUCAAAUAUAGGAUGCCAAUGGGUACAAAUAUAUGGACAUAUCAAGAUUCACACACUUUAAAAAUGAUUUUACAUCUAUGCGGGGUGUUUUGAGUUUUAUAACUUUAUUGAAGAAGCUAUGCUUAAUACUGUAUAUGCAUUCCAUUGUUUAAAAUCUGUAGUAGGAAGUUACAGAGAACACAAUAGAACAAAUUGUAUCAUGAUUAUUAAAAAAUUCAAAAUAUACUAAUAAAUUGAACAUUGAGAUUGUCUGA